UUCGGAGGCUAAAACCCGAAAAGAUCAACAGCAGUAACCCCCGCUCUCUAUAAUCUCCCAGGAAAUCUUUGUUGGAAUUUCAUGUCCAUCUUGUCCGCACAUAGCGACAAUCAUACGCCUUCCUCUUCUUCUUCCCCAAUCUCUCCAAACCCUAACUCCAACCAUGGAUCCAAACAGCAACAAGAACCCUCUCGCGCACUCGGCGACUCUCCCUCAAUUUCCUCCGACAACUUCUCAGGAAACAUGGCUCCUACUACAUCACAUGCUACUGGCGAAUCUUCCAAAAAGGUGAACAACUUCAGUACCAGUCAAGAUGGUUUCAGAAGUUUGGGACGUCCCAAAAAUGGUAGAAUCUCACUGCAUGAACCAGGGAAAUCAGCUGGGACCAUUGAUCCUUCCAGCAGACGCAACCAUUUUGGCUCCAAUAGUCCUCAAGGAAUUGCAACGCGCUCAGCUCCAAGAAGAACCCAGAUGGUUAGUGGCAACCACUUGCUGAAUUUUCAUUAUGAUCCCAUUUCUCGUCCACAAACUAGGGCGCCUCCACCAAGGAGAUACAUGAAGAGAAAGCCUUACAACAAAGACUUGUUUCUCCAAGCAAAUUACAAGUUUGUUCUGUUGGAUUCAGGCAAUUACACGCCUGACUCAAUGGAUCCGGACAAAAUUUUACAAUGGGAGGAUAUUGUUUGUGUGAGAUAUUCCACUCCAUUUCAUGUGCAAUGCCCAAUAUGCUUAGAGGAUCCUUUGUGUCCUCAGAUAACAUCAUGUGGUCAUAUCUUUUGUUUUCCUUGUGUUAUGCAAUAUUUAAUGAUCGAUGAAGACUAUGAGCAUAAAAACGAUUUCAAGAAGAAAUGUCCCUUGUGCUUUAUGAUGAUAUCUUCGAAGGAUUUGUACACCAUCCAAAUUGAGAACGUUAAGCAACAUCGUGUUGGUGAUACCAUAGAGUUUGUCCUUUUGACCCGCCACAAGGAUUCAUUUACUUCAUCUUUGAAAAAUAAUGAUGGCACUGGUGCUACAGAGGAGGUUCAGAAGUCCUUUUCUAAGUUCACAUUUACUUCAGAUGUCGACCUUUCUGUCCGUGAGGCAAUGUCUGAUCUUGAUAGUUGGUUAGCUAGAGCAGAUUCAGGCCUAGUUGAUGACAUGGAGAAACUUCCCUUUGUCUGUGCCGCAAUGGAACAAUUGGAGCAGAGGAAGAAAUACUGGAAUGAACAACACAUUGCUGUCAAAAACAACAACACUAGCAGAGACAAUUAUUUGGGAAAGUGUCCUAGUGGAUCUCUGUCACCAGAAAGUUCUCAGACCCCGUGUGCUGGUCAAUCUACUCCAGAAAUGCCAUCCAGCCAUCCCGCUGAUAAGCCGGUAUCGCAGGAGAAAUCAACUCUCCAUAAGGCAGCUAGGGACUCUCAGCUUAUUCAAGCUGCAGAUGCUGAAUCAGUAGGAGAUUGUGUUGGAUCUUCGUUGACCUUAUAUGACAAUAACAAGAGCCUACAGAAAGACAAUAGUGGCGUUACGGACAGAGAAGAGAUCAAUUCCUACAGUUUCUACCAGGCAGUUGAUGGUCAGCACCUUAUCCUUCAUCCACUGAACAUGAAGUGUCUUCUGCAUUACUACGGUGGCUAUGGUAGUCUUCCUAACAGAAUUAGUGGGAGUAUAUUACAAAUGGAGUCUGUGACGCAGUCUGAGGCCAUGAGAAGGCGCUACCGCUUCUUAAGUCAUUUUUCUUUGACAACAACAUUUCAGCUCUGUGAAAUUGAUCUCAGCAAGAUAUUGCCCAUGGAUGCACUUUCUCCAUUUAUGGAGGAGAUCAAAAGUAGGGAAAAACAAAGGAAGUGGCUAGCUAGAAAGGAACUGCGUGAAAAAGUAAAAGCUGAAGCCAUUGGCAUGCACUUAGAGCCUUUGCCUUUUAGCUUUGCAGGACCUUCUUACACAGAACAGCCUAAUUUCACUAGCGAUGACUUCGAAGCUUUGGGAAGUACGGAGUAGGACUGUUACAUCAUCAAGCUCCCCAGUGC